CCCACAGGGUUCCCGGGGUCCCUGUGCCCCAAGGAGGAGGAGGAGGAGGAGGAGGAAGAGGAGGACACAGGACCUGUCACCUUCACACUGGGCAACGAGAUGCUGGGGCUGGGCUCAGAGAGUGAGUUUCAGAGCCCCGACGCCGAGGUCUACAUGCACUUCAUGAGGAGCCACUGCUGCUACGACGCCGUCCCCACCAGCUGCAAGCUCGUCGUCUUUGACAUCUCCCUGGAGAUCAAGAAAGCCUUCGUGGCGCUGGUGGCCAACGGGGUGCGUGCUGCCCCGCUCUGGGACAGCAAGACACAGAGCUUUGUGGGGAUGCUCACCAUCACCGACUUCAUCAACAUCCUCCACCGCUACUACCGCUCGCCCCUGGUUCAGAUCUACGAGGUGGAGGAGCACAAGAUUGAGACCUGGAGAGAAGUCUACCUUCAAGGGUCCUUCAAGCCACUGGUCUACAUCUCCCCGAGCAAUAGCCUCUUUGACGCCGUCUACUCCCUGAUCAAGCACAAGAUCCACCGCCUGCCCAUCAUCGAGCCCGUCUCGGGCAAUGUCCUGCACAUCCUGACGCACAAGCGCAUCCUCAAGUUCCUCCACAUCUUCGGUUCCACCAUCCCCAAGCCACGCUUCCUGAAGAAAACGGUGCAGGAGCUGUGCAUCGGCACCUUCCGUGACGUGGCCGUCGUGCCCGAGACCGCCCCCAUCUACACCGCCCUGGAGAUCUUUGUGGACCGUCGUGUCUCUGCCCUGCCUGUCAUCAACGAUGCCGGGCAAGUGGUUGGCCUCUACUCCCGGUUCGAUGUCAUUCACUUGGCGGCCCAGAAGACCUACAACAACCUGGACAUCAGCGUGCGGGAGGCACUGCGGCAGCGCACCGUCUGCCUGGAGGGGGUCCUCACCUGCUACCCCCACGAAACCAUGGAGGACAUCAUCGACCGCAUCGCCAAGGAGCAGGUCCAUCGCCUGGUUCUGGUGGACGAGAACCGGCACCCACGGGGCAUCGUCUCCCUCUCCGACAUCCUCCAGGCCCUUGUGCUCACUCCCGCAGGUAUCGAUGCUCUUAACUCUUAG